UAUCAAAUUAAGUAGUGCCAGUUUACAGUAUUCAAAUGAAUAAAAACAUUUCAAAUCUGUAUUGAGUUGGAGUUUAUAAAAUAAAUUUAGAAUAACAUUUAUCUUAUAUCUUUAUAUAUUACUUGGACAUAAAAUAAUAACCCUAAUGAUGAUUUCUAUAUUUGCAGUUAUUUUGUAUCUUAUGAAUGUAAUUUGUGGGAUUUGUCCACCCGGAAAACAUGGUGACAGCUGUAGUAACAAUUGUACUUAUCCUCAUUGUUUCUGCUCAUCCGAACGAGCCUGUGAAGGGUGCGAAAUUGGAUAUUGGGACAGAAGACAAAAUUGUUCGUUGACAUGCAUUUUUCCAACAUGCAGAUGUACCAACCACACCAACUGUCUUUCCUGCAAAGACGGAUCUUACGGAUUGGAGAAUAAAUGUAAUAAGACUUGCCCUUCUGGGUGCGAUAACAAUACAUGUGAAAAUAAUGGAAUGUGUUUUUCCUGUAAACCGAAUUAUACCGGAAACAAAUGUGAUUCGUGUGUAGAUGGCCUGUACGGUGUAAACUGCUCUUUACAAUGCAGCCAAGGUUGUGAGGGGAACGUCUGCAAUUCACUUGAUGGAUCAUGCAACUGUAGUAAAAUGUAUAGCGGUGAAAAAUGUGAAUCUUGUAUUGAUGGUCUGUACGGAGUCAGCUGUUCUGAAUCAUGUAGUACUGGAUGUGUACAAAAUAAUUGCUCUGCUAUCAAUGGAAAUUGUGAUUGUAAAGAAUAUUACAAAGGGGAUACAUGUAACGUAUGUGUAGACGGGCGUGACGGUGAUCAUUGUUUGAAUAAAGCGGAAAUAAAGAAUACUCAGACAGAGGCAGAUAAACCAAACGUUGGUGCGGCUGUUGGUGGGGCAUUUAGUGCUGUUCUUGUAGUGGUAGCUGGAGUCCUUAUUGUCAUCAUUCUCAAAAGAAGAAACAAAUUAUGCUGGAAAAAGCCACGAGGGGACGAGCAAAUCAGCGAAGAAAUCCAUACACCUCAGCCAAUUGUGUACGCUACAGUGCAGAAAAAUAGGCCUAAACCUGUACCCGCCCAGGAAAGGGAUACCCGGCAUGGAUAUCAGACACAACAACCUCACACUUCAUUUACCGAACUCCAUACUGAGGCUGAUAACAAAUUAUACGAAGACAUUUCAUUAGGAGCUGAUAAUCCAAACUCUAUUCAAGAGAAUGUCAAUCAAGAAACCGGACGAAAUUUUAAUGUGGAAACACAACAAGUUGAAUUGUUUAUUGUAGAGGAAACUGCUGAAGAUGCUAUCCUUGAAAUCGACGAAGAUGACCAAAUAGCCAGAGCCAUAGCAACCAAGUUUGAAGAGAAAGGAGGGUUAUAUUACAACAACGCUGAUAAAAUCAAUAAACAAAAAGUCGCUAUUGGCAACUUAACGACGUAUGUAGUCGAGAAAACUGACAUUGAUAUGGAAGAAGAAUUCGAGAAAUUUCCCUACGGAUUGACAAAACCAUACGCGGAUUCGCAGACGCACGAAAAUGUUCAACGGAACAGAUAUAAAGGAAUUUAUCCAUAUGACGACACAAGGGUCAAACUCAGCGACUGUGAGACGGACUAUAUCAAUGCUAGUUUCAUGGAUGGAUACAACAAAAGACAUGCGUACAUUGCAGCACUAGGUCCCAUGUCAAAGCAGCUCGGGGAUUUCAGUCCAUUUUGGCAGAUGAUCUGGCAAGAAAAAGUGGAGAAAAUUGUCAUGCUGACCAACCUUGUAGAAGAAGGAAAAGACAAAUGCGAGCAAUAUUGGCCAAACCCUGGAACAGAUAAACAUUACGGACGCGUGUUUAUUUCUUGCCAAACUGAAGCUGAAUAUGCCGAGUUCACGAGGAGAGAAUUCACAAUUUCGAAGGAUAGCGAGACCAGACAGCUUCACCACCUUCACUUUACAUGCUGGCCUGACAAAGGUGUACCUGAGGAUGUGACAGGAAUCGUUGAGUUCAGACAGAGAGUCCUGAAUCUACCUGACCAAUUUGAUGGCCCUGUUCUCGUUCAUUGCAGUGCUGGCGUCGGUAGAACUGGCACCUACAUCGCUCUAGAUAUGUUGACAAAGGAAGGAGAGAGUGAAGGAGCUAUUCACAUCCCUGGCUGUGUAAUUAACAUGAGACAAGACAGGGCCUACAUGAUACAGACGUUGAACCAGUACCAGUUUUUACAUAGAGCUCUCGUCUGUUCACUGAGUGAUAUCAGCAAACAAAUAAGAGGGAAACAUUUUCGCCAGUACAUGAAGCAGAUGGAGGAUGAAGACUUCAGUCGACAAUUUCAGGAAAUGCAAACAGUUUUAGAAAAGUCAUCAGAUAAUGAAAUACAGGCCAUUGAGAGGAAUAAGAGUUUGAAGGGCAAGAACAGACCAUUUGCAGACGUACCAGGAGAUCGCAACAGACCUAGUCUCUCUCUUGAUAUUCAAUCCGGAUCCUCUGGAUAUGUCAAUGCAGUUUACAUCGAUAGCUUGAAAGCAAGAAAUCGAUUCUUGGUUGUACAAAGUCCCAUGAAAGGAACCGUGAUUGACUUUUUGACACUCUUGUACCAGGAAAAUUGUACUUGUGUCAUAAGCUUUGAACCUCCUAUGGCAAAACAAAAAAGACAAACUAUUGGGUUGUAUUAUCCUGCUGACAACAAAAUUUUAAAACAGGGUGUGUUUCAAGUAUGCUGUACUAAAACAGAGAACCAUGGCUACUGCAUACAAAGACUUUUAACUAUCAAACACAGUGGAACUACUGAGAUUAACAGACUUCAGAAAGUUCAGAACCAAGCAGCAAGAGUUGUGACCAACACACCAUACGGUCAUCCAACUACCGAAGUCCUCAAAUCCCUUCACUGGCUACCUCAACCUUCCGAAAGGGUAGUUCACCACUUUGAAUUCAAUGGAUGGGAUUAUACAAGGGAAGUUCCGGAGUCAACAAAGGAUUUUCUUAAAUUUAUCGAAGGUAUUGACGUCAACUUAAGGGAAACUUCGAACAGAGGCCCACUUCUUGUUCAUUGUUUAGACGGGGCGGGCAAGAGCGCUUUGUUCUGUAUUGUUUCAAUUCUGCUUGAGAAGAUGGGACUGGAACAGGAAGUCAGCGUUGUGAACACAAUCAGAAAGGUCAAAUCAAGACGUAGGUCAGCUAUUCCUAAUAAGGCACAGUUUGAAUUUUGCCACGGAUGUGUGUUGUCCUAUGUGAAGUCAUUUGAUUACAGUCAAUACUCGAAUUUCACUGAGAAUGUAUCUAAUGCAUUAAAUACCUAGAUAAUGCGAUUGCCUAUGCCAGGUAAACAACAGCAUACGAAGAGAAUGCAUACUUACAAUUACUGAAAGAUGAAAGAGCUGUCCAGUGUUCACGAAAAUGAAAUGACAUUAAUCCAAAGGAUGAGAUAUAUUGAUACCAAAAUAUUUGACAAUACUUGUAGAUAUUUUUCUCCUGUUUUAACAUACAUAUAUGUAUACUAUAUGUUUUUGGUAAUUGACCAUAUAUGUCCAAAACUGUAUCUAUCCAAUAUAUAUGCUGUUGUGUA